UUCUCAGCGAACACUCCAAAGUAUGCACAGAUAUAAUACGCUGCUGUAUUAUAAAAUGUAAUCUUCUAACAAUUAAGGCAAAUGACAGGUGUAUCUUUGAAGAUAUUCAAUCGCGUUAAAUAUGCCCACAAUAUACAACCACAUUGUAUACACCUCCACAUGUACACUACACACAUGCACAUCACAACAUCAAUUCGAUAUGCACUUCAUGAUACGUUUUAUAUGCUGCCCUAUCUAUGCAUUGGAAGAAACACACUCCAGUUUAUUAUUAAGCAAGUUCUGAAAAAAAGUUUGCUUAAGUUUAUCAGAAGAAUACUACAAAAAUACUCCAGUAUUGAUUAAACGUGUCUGAUUUUGUUGCCAUUUGUGCAAUAUUGUAGUUUUUAAAAACCCCACAUUCAGACAUCACAACAGCAUCACAACACUCUAAAUUAUCAAAGUCAAACAGCACCAAACCCCUUAUUCCAGGAGCUCGCCUUGCCUGCCAGCUAAAUACAGCAGCCAAUGGGGAGUGCGGUCUGGUUACAUCAGCGGGACUCAACAACCCAGAGCUAUUUAUUUCUCUCUCUCUCUCUCCCCUUACCCCUAUCCACCACACGGGCGAAAAUCUCUCUCCUGCCAGCCAGCACAACAGCCAAGCCCUGCCCCCCACACACACACACACACACCGACACGCACACACGCACUGACACACACCGUUGAUAAGAACAAUGCUGCAUGGCAUGCGAGUGUGUCACUCGUGGUGACGGAGCGCGCGGGGCAGGGAACAGCCCGGACCAUUCAAGGGGGGCUGCUGGUGGUGGUGGUGCAGCAGCAGCAGCCAUCCAGAGAGGACCCCCCAUGAUGGACUACGAACGUCCCAACGUUGAGACCAUCAAGUGCGUGCUGGUGGGGGACAACGCCGUGGGCAAGACGCGUCUCAUCUGCGCGCGCGCCUGCAACGCGACGCUCACGCAGUACCAGCUGCUGGCCACGCACGUGCCCACCGUCUGGGCCAUCGACCACUACCGCGUGUGCCAAGAGGUGCUGGAGCGCUCACGGGAUGUCGUGGACGAAGUCAACGUGUCCCUGCGCCUGUGGGACACGUUUGGAGAUCACCACAAAGACCGGCGCUUUGCUUACGGGAGGUCGGACGUGGUGGUGGUGUGCUUCUCCAUCGCCAGCCCCAACUCUCUGCGCCACGUGCGCACCAAGUGGUUCCCCGAGAUCAAGCACUUCUGCCCCCGCACGCCCGUGCUGCUCGUCGGCUGCCAGCUUGACCUCCGCUACGCCGACCUGGAGGCUGUGAACCGCGCGCGCAGGCCCCUCGGCCGGCUGAUCAAGCCGGGCGACAUCCUGGCCCCGGAGAGGGGUCGAGAGGUCGCGCGCGAGCUCGGUGUGCCGUACUACGAGACGAGCGUCGUCGCGCAGUUUGGAGUGAAGGACGUCUUCGACAACGCCAUCCGCGCCUCCCUGCUCGCCCGUCGCAACCUGCAGUUCUGGAAGGCUCACCUGCGCAAGGUGCAGCGUCCGCGCAUGCAGGAGCCGUGCCUUCCGCCCCGGCCCCCACCGCCUCCGAUCCGCGUGCCGCCGCCGCCACCGUGCAGCCCUCUCGGGGACCCGGACCCCUGGGCCACGCUGCUGGGUGACCCCCCCAUCUGCUCCGACGUGAGCUUCCUGCUGCAGGAGGGCGAGCGGUUGCACGCUCACCGCGUCUACCUGGCCAUCGCCUGCUCCAAAUUCCACGACCUCUUCACCAUGGACCUGCUCGAGGCCUCCUCCGAGUGCGAGGGCGACCACCACCACCACCACCACAACAACGACAACAACAAUCAGGCUGCCGGCCAAACGGACGCCUCCGGCGCCGCAGCCGCUUUCGGCGCGGACGGCCAAGAGAGCGGGCGGCCGGAGACGGACCGAAGUCUUUCGGCGAGCGACAGGGCCGUUUCGAGCGGCGCCGAUGGAGACGUCGACCCGAGCGGAGCCGAGCGACCGAGUCGCGACGAGGCGGACGCCCCCCCCUCCCCGGAGGAGGAGGAGGAGCGUGCGGAGCGGCCGCGUGCGGCGGAGGCUGCCGAAAAGACGCCGCAGACGCCGGCGGAGAGGCUGCAGGCCAGGAGCCACGGGCGCGGGCUCCUCACCAGGGCCCUCAGCCUCAAGGUGUGGAGCAAGGAACCUCGGGAUGAAGCCGGCUGCUGCGGUGGAGGUGGCGGAGGCGGCGGCGGCGGCGGAGGAGGAGGAGGCCACGGCAACGUGGCCGACGAAAACCGCCGGCGGCUUCGAGCAUCCCGCAGCGACGGCAGCAUCAAGCUGGGCUCGGCGGCGCAGCAGGGCCUGGGUCAGGUGGUGGCAUCCCGCUCGCUCGUGGGCUGGGGCCGCGGCUUCGUCAGCGUGCACCUCGAGUGGGCCGAGGACGCCCGCACGGGCCGCCGGCGGCUCGCCACGGUGGUGACGGCCGACCGCGGGGUGCGCGUGGGCCCACUGCGCGCUGUGCUGCGCUACCUGUACGCGGGACGCCUCGAGGAGGGCCUGCGCAAGGAGCAGCUCAUGCAGAUCGCCGCCAUCGCCGAGGCUCUCGAGGUGUUUGACCUGCGCAUGAUGGUGGCGAACCUUCUGAACGACGAGGGCUUCAUGAACCAAGAGAUUACGAAAGCCUUCCACCUCCGUCGCGCAAACCGCAUCAAAGAGUUUCUCGCUAAAGGGACGCUGGCAGACGUCACGUUUCGUGUGGAGGACGGAAGCGUGCCAGCACACAAGCCGAUCCUCAUCUCGAGCUGCGACUGGAUGUCGGCCAUGUUCGGUGGAACCUUCGUCGAGAGCUCCAACAAAGAGGUUUACUUCCCUGGCACAAGUCGCGCGUGCCUGCAGGCGUUGCUCGAGUACCUGUACACUGGCCAAUUCACAGCCAACUCACACCUGGAUCCCAUUGAGCUCAUCGCUCUGGGUAACCAGCUGUGUCUCCCCCGUCUCGUAGCGCUCACAGAGCAGCACGCGGUUCAAGAGCUGCGUAGGGCCAUGGAACGCGGCGCUGACAUCGACGGGGAGUGCCUUGUCUACCUGGAGUUGGCCCAGUUCCACAAUGCGGAUCAGCUGGCCGCCUGGUGUCUGCACCACAUCUGCACCAACUAUAACAGCGUCUGCCGCAAGUACCCAAAAGAGAUGCGGGCCAUGAGUCCAGAAAACCUGCUGUACUUUGAGCUGCAGCGCUGGCCACCGGUCUGGUACCUGAAGGAGGAGGACCACUACCAGCGCGCUCGCAAGGAGGAGGAGAUGGACGGCUACAUGACCAGCAAGCGGCAGAACGCCCGACGCUGGUGGUCGCUCAGCCCGCAGCCUCCGUCAUCUCCGUCCACCUCGGCGUCGGCGUCGGCCUCCCCUUCGACGUCCGCGUCCACGUUGUGAUGCGCCGAGACCGGGGCCAACGGAGGCCCCUUUGGACCCUGGCCGACGUCGACGGGGGGGGGGGGGGGUGGGCCCGGUGGUUAGGACCUCGGGUCGAGUGGCGCUCCAGCUGCGAGGGCGAGGCAGUGAGCUUGUGACGAGGGCAGAAGCGCUCCACGGCUCGGCGAUCAGCGCGUGGGCUUCUCUGCAUGCAGUAGAUGAGGGGUGCAAUGAGACACCCAUAUCGAAGUUGAAUCCAGAUGUUAUUUGGAUGGUGGGUUUUUUUUCUGUAUCUUCUAUCUGGCCGAUAGUACACGACGCUAGCAUUUGCUUUAUGCCUGUGUUCCUGCAGACCUGCGCCCAUAGGGAUACAUCAUGUAUCGCUGUGUGCGAUUUACUGCAAAAGUGCCCACGUUUUUUGGGGCCUAAUGGUAAGGCUGCCGCUGGCCAACGGCGUCCCAGAUAACUCUACAGUUUCUCCAAUGCUUACUCGAGGCCAAACAGAGGCCGGGUGGCUUCAGGGUAAGGUACCGAGUGCGGAGUUGAUUGCUGUGUUGGUAGCAUGGCGCAAUGAUAUCAGUAUGCCACCCUAAUGCAGCUGUAGGAACUAAGUGGCAUUUGAUCGAGUUUUGUUGAUGGCGUUAUUUUAAAAAAAGUCCUAUUUCACUAUCCACUGCUAGUCAGGUGAAUUACAUUCCGCAUUUCAUCUUCGUGAAUCUCCACCGUCAUCUUUGCAGCCGUAAAGAGAGGGAGGGUGAUUCUAGCUCCAGUUAAUUUAAUGUCACUCGACUGUGUUGUUGAAAAUGUUUCCAUAUCACGAUGGACUAUGGGCCUUACCUUGGGCAUAGUCACCACAACCAAAGCGACCCACAGCCACUUUGCCUGCUUCAACACCAUGAAGUCACUCAUUUCAUAAGCAGCUAUCAUUUGAAGAUAAAAAAUAUAUAUAUCUAAACAUAUGAGAUGCAUAAAGAAAAAUUUCAAAUAAUUUUUAAUGCAAACAAUAUUUUAAACAUACAUGAACUAUCUAUGCUAUUUUCUCGUACAUUUGGCUAAUUACCAUAUAUAUGCUUAUAACAAUGUAGCUACACACAGUCGUCACAUCGUCACCACACAUACAGCAGCACGAGGUAUGCUGUGCAACCCUCCUGCAUCAAAACCGUAUCUUCGUUCUCUGGUACAAAUCAUAAUAAUAAUACGGGCCCACAGAUCUAUUUUGUCCCCCGUAUUAACGAUGUGUCUCACGGUCUUGAGACAUUCCCUGCUGGCCUGUAGUUGUUUUUCAGCUAAAAAUACCUGAGAACGAUUUCCAAUUGACAAAACAGGGCCCCCUGUAUAAACCGAAUGUGCUUCACUCGCGCGGAUGCUGCAGUGGGGUCGACUGUGCCAGGGGCGUGGGCGAGGGAUGCCCCCCCCCACCCCCCCUCAUAAUAACCCCCAAUACCCAAUCGCCACAUGAAGCAAUUCGCAUGAACACCUCUGCCUAAUCCUGCGGUGGCCACCGAAGGGCAUCAAAGCAGGACGUGUGUGUGUGACCUGUUCAAGAGUAUUUUCGUCAGCUCUCCAAGUGUUGCUGAAUCGUGUGCGCACAUCAGUGACAGCAGCAUAAACCUGCAGAGAU